UCGACACUUUGUCAGCCAAAUAUACCACCUUAACCAGUUCAUCGAUUAAUUUACAAAUCAGCUGUUUAGAUACGUAUUAUUUCUAGGGCAUGGUAUGUAUGUUGUAUGCAGUUUCAGUAGAAUGUUCAAAAUACGUAAAUUAGAAAUGUGAAAAUGACAAAGUUUAGGCCUAAAUGAAUCAAUUUAAUGGAGCAAAGAAAUAAGGAAAAAUAAAAGUUGUGUUUGAGUAAAAGCAGAGAAAAUGGCAGGACUGGACCAGUUUGAAUUUAUAAAACACAUUGGGAAGGGAAGUUAUGGAGAAGUGACACUUCAAAGACAUAAAAAGGAUAGAAAACAGUAUGUGUUGAAAAGAAUAAACUUAAAGAAAGCCUCCAAAAGAGAGCAGCAUUCCGCAGAACAAGAAGCCAAACUUCUAUCAAAACUGAAGCAUCCUAAUAUUGUGACAUAUAAAGACUCGUUUCAAGGAAAAGAUGGUUUCCUUCACAUAGCCAUGCAGUUUUGUGAGGGAGGGGAUUUGUACACAAAACUCAAGGAACAGAAGGGGGUUCCCUUGGAGGAGAGACAGGUGGUGGAAUGGUUUGUACAGAUUGCUAUGGCACUGCAGUACAUGCAUGAAAGAAAUAUUCUUCACAGAGAUCUUAAAACCCAAAAUAUUUUCCUCACUAAGAGCAAAAUAAUUAAAGUAGGAGAUUUGGGAAUUGCGAGAGUGUUGGAUUCAUCUAGUGACAUGGCCACCACUCUGAUCGGAACUCCAUACUACAUGAGUCCAGAACUGUUCUCCAAUAAACCAUACAACCACAAGUCUGAUGUAUGGGCAUUAGGAUGCUGCGUGUAUGAAAUGGCCACUCUAAAACAUGCAUUUAAUGCAAAGGAUAUGAACUCACUGGUGUAUAAAAUUCUAAAAGGAAAGAUGCCUAUGAUGCCAAAACAAUACAGUGCUGAAUUGAUCCAGAUAAUAAAAAACAUGUUACACCAGGAACCAGAGAAGCGUCCCUCUGUUAAUCGUAUACUCAGGGAUCCGUACAUCAAAAAGAAUAUAUCUGUCUUCUUAGAGGAGACCAAAAAGAGCCGUCCAUCUAGUGCUAGUCGUCCCAGCAGUGCUCAGAGACUGAGACCACGAACCGCCCCGUCCAAUCGCCCUCCCGCUCCCCUUCCCUCCAGUGAUGUCUCCAACGUCAAUAACAACUCCGCCGGUAAAAUACGGGUCCAUGUCCCCGAAUCUGAGGGAGGAGACAGCACAGACAGUGCACAAGCUGUACCACAGCCCGCUAUUCUAAGAAGACCAGGUCAUGCCCGCAAACCCUCAGAUGGAGCUAAGCAGGACCUGUUUCCUAUAGUGGAGGAUAAAGUUAUCAGUGAUAACCACCAGAAAAAUCUAGGAUCCUCCACUAGUUCGGAGGAUACUGUGAAAAAUAAUACAGUCAAAGAGAAAUCAGAUUCCCAUUCCCCGACAAGAAAAAGUAAAGAUUCACCUCCAGGGAGAAAUUCCCCCAAAAAGAAAAAGAACAUCCUGAGAAAGGUUAACCGUGACAGUGACACAGACUCACUCCCGAGUGUGAGAUCUGAGCCUAAUCUCAGUGCCAGGUCUGAUUCCAGUUCUUCAAGUUAUGCCAAAAGUGAUGUAUUCAAAAAAGACACACUUGAGCGGAGUGGGGAUUCGGUAUUUUCUGGCCCCAUUGACAGUGAUUCUAUAAGCUCUAGUUGUCCUAAGCCAGUCAGUAACCCUCGCCCCCUACCCACACCCCCAAAGGUCAGUGAGAGUGCGGGGAUCCCGGUCAGGCGACCUAGUUAUGAAGAGAAGUUGGUAGAAAACAAUAAAUCCUCCAGCACCUCCAGCUCUAAGGACGAAUCAUGUGACCUGGAAACUCCCAGGGAACCCAAUCUCUCAGCAAGACAAAGACGAAGGGCCAAAAAUCCAACAGGGUCCUCACUGGAAAGACCCAAUUCGGCCCGCAUUCAUUUAAAGGCCCCAUCUCGUCAUGAGUCACAGAGAGUCACAAAAGCUGAGAAGAGUGAGUACGGACCUAAAAUGUCUAAAUCCAAUUCCAAGAGAGUGAGGCAGCCCUCUAUAAAGGACAGCUCUAGCUCCGAGGAGGAGACCCUCAAAGAAAACGAGGAUUUCAAAAAUGAGAGAGAGAAACAGAGGGAAAAUAAAGAAAUGAACAAUUUCAUUUCUCUGCUGGAUACAACCUUAAAAAUGAACAAAGACGAUGACAAGUCAGAUGAGGAUGAUGAUGAUGUAGAUGAGGGGAAAGGUCAUCGACGAGUCAGCGAGCCCUCAAAACCAUCCCAGUCAGAAAUCCACAAGAGUGCUUCACUGCCAAGCGUGGAAACUCUGUGUAAUGCUGACAGACUGACCACUAGGAUACAAAUUUUACACAGGGAUUGUGUUCGUGGAGUGGGAUUUGAUAUUUUACAUAAAGCAUUUGCAAUCCUCUCUAACAUAGAAGAUGAUGAAUUAGAGCCUCAGUUGGUAGAACUCAUGGGGAAGGACAAGUUUGACCAGUAUGCAGGGAAAAUCUGGCAGCUGAAAUUCUGCAACGAAUGUUUUGAGCAACUCCCUCACCUACGAAGCUAACAGAACUUUGUGGCUUGGAGAGACUUAAUUAUUAAAUACUUGAUCAAAGAGCUAAGUGAACUUAUUAGCUUGAAAGAGACCUAUAAAUACCAGAAGAAAAAGGAAUGAUAAACAGUGUAAUGAAGAGAGGAAGGUUUAGAGCUUUUCACUGCUGGCCUGAUUGUUUAUAAUUAGAUUAAUAUGAUGCAUAUUGUAUAAUAAUUUAUGUUGUUUUGUAUAGAUCUCUCACUGAUUAAGUUGUGUCAUACUAUACUUUAUUUUGCCUCUCAGGUUAAGUAAUAUAUUAAUUUCAAAGCUAUAUACUUCUUUUAUUUUCACAAAACAUAUAACAUUUUUUUCUGAAUUAGUCCAUUUGUCUACCAUGGUAGUAUUAUUAUUUAUUCAAAUGAAAUUUGUAUAAAGAAGAUCUGCUUUAUUAUUAUACAUAUCUGUUCAGAGUGAUUGUUUACAGAGUAGUACAUGACUGUGUGUCUAAGGUUGUGAACUAAUUUUGCUGGUGUGUAUAACAUUUUUAGCUCUACUGGUCAGAGACCAGAAGAGCUAAUGUGAUAGGAAUUGUUUAUCGUCAUUCAACAAUUU